UCCCCGUCGCCCGUCCUGCUGGUAUUUCAAGAGCGCCCAUGUCACCCAUGUCCCCUUCCUUCCCCAGCUCUUCUGCCUCUCCGUCUCCCUCCUUUGGAAGCCGCAACCCCAUCUAAAAAACGCCGCAAAAAGCAACCAAGAGACGCAACGCGGACCCCAUUUCGCCUUCGGCGUCCCCAUCUUCCUUCCCCCCUCCCCCCUCCGAGACUCCAGGGACGGCGGGAUGAGGCCAGCGGCGGCGGCGGAGGCGGACGCGCACCAGUCGCGGCUGCUCUACGAGCUCUGCGCGCUCCUGCUGACCGUUCUCCGGGCGUCGCCGGAGGACGGCGGGGUCGCGGCGGCGCGCCCGCUGCUGCCGCGGCAGGUGACGCCCGCCGGGGUGGCGUCCAUGCUGCUGGGCGCGUCCAUGGCGCUCAUGCUCUGCGGCUCGGUCACCUUCAUGCUGGGAUUCUUCCUCAUGCCCUGGGUCGUCGGGCUCGGCUGCCUCUUCCUCUUCGUCGGCUUCGUCACCAACCUCUCCGGGAUCUGGAGGGCCAUCCUCCUCUGGCCCGCCGCCGCGUGCUCCGCCUCGCCCAAGGAGGCGUCGUCCUCCCCAUGGCAAAUAUUUUCCAGGCCUCCUUUCAUACCGAUGUGAAGGCAAAUACAAAGGCUCCCACGGAGGUGUAUAGAAUCAGGGGAGUUUGAGCAGACUGUUGCCGCGGCCAACCUAUAUUUUCCUUCCUGGUGAACUUUUUUACCCCAUGUAACGCCGCAACAAGUUUGAAAUGGUUUUAUACUGUGACUAGGAGGAUACUUGUUUGUACAUACGGAAAGAAUGCUCUGGUCUAAUCAUCACGUGGAGCUUAGCUUAAUAUAAUUGUUUCAGAAACACUAUUCCUUCGUGGAACACCAAGAAGUUCAAUAUAUUUUCUUUUUAUGUUA